ACCGCUGAUUGAAUCCGGCCAUUCGGCGGAGAGAAAGGAGCUGGAGAGUAACGGGAACUCGGCUGCUUUGGAAAUUAAAUUAAAAUAGAGGGAAAACGGCGACGAAAGCGGAUACCCGGGACCUAAAACAGGCUGGGAUUAUUUGCUUCCCAUGUUUGGGAUAAUAGAUGUUGAAGUGCACUAAUUAAAGAAGAGGCAAAGACCAGGCUGAAGAUGCUUCCCAUUCUCUUCUUGGAUCUACUUCUUCACAAGCUUAGCUUAGUUUAGAGCAUUUUCCUCCGGCGUCUUAAUAAUACCGAGACUGUGAGAGAGAAGACCACAAACAGAUAAACGUUCACGUCCUUUUAUUGCCUCUUGUUCCUCUCCUGGCAGAGCCAGCUUAGUGAGAUUUUUGGCACAGCCCCAAUAUUUGCUACCACAUUAUUGAAACCAUGGCAAACAUGUGCCCUUAUGGCCAUUUCACGCACGCUGUGGUGAGGGGCAUUCCAGAGACCUUUGGAAAGAAAGCAGGGGACAGCCAGGAGAACGGGGAGGUUUCGGUGGACCUGGCCAAAGCUCAGCGUCAGUUCGGUUGCCUGACUGGAGCGUUGAGGCAGAAGGUGGGCCUGCAGCUGAUCGAGAUCCCCCCUGACCCCGAGCUGCCAGAAAGCUGGAAGAUAGAGGAUGUGGCUGUCAUCCACGGAGACACGGCGCUCAUCACCAGGCCCUUCAAACAGCAGAGACAAAGCGAGGUGGAGGCGGUGAGGAGGGUGAUGUCGGAGCUCAACCUGACUGUGGUGGAGAUGGACAGAGAGCAGGGCGAUUCUGUAGGGGCCACACUGGAGGGCAGCGACAUCCUCUUCACGGGAAGGGAGUUCUUUGUCGGCAUCUCCUCCCACACCAACCGCAGAGGGGCGGAGGUGCUGGCAGACACCUUCAGGGACUUUGCAGUGUCGACUGUCCCCGUCUGUGAUGGAGCCCGACUGAAAAACAUCUGCUCCAUGGGAGGCCCAAACACCAUCAUCUUCAGCAACAGUGAUGGGGCCAAGAAAACACUCCGGAUGAUGGAACAGCUGACGGAUCACCACUACGAUGUGCUCACCGUCCCAGAGGAGUCAGCAGCAAACUGUAUUUACAUCAAAGGUCCGUCCAAACGGGACUUCCUGCUGCACCGACCAGCAGACGAAUGCCCUGACAGCGUUUCUGCCUUCCAGAAGCUGCAGGACUACACCCUCCUGCCGACAGCCUGCAGCGAGGCCUCCAAGCUGGGAGCGUCUCUGUCCUCGCUCUGCCUCCUUGUCAACAGAAAGCAUACAUAUUUCUGAAAACACGCCCACGCCACUCAGCAUUUAUCUGCAGGUGUUCGCAGUGGUGGGGGUAGUGAUACUAAUGUGCAGUAUUUUGAGACAGAACCAGCCACCUGAUUCACUGCACCACUACCCCCUCUGCUGAACGAACAGCGCUGCACAGUGUCCUUAAAUCUACUCAUGAAACCACUAAAUGAAGCUGUAGUUUUGCACUGUUCCAACUCUUUCACAGUUCACCAAAGUAAAACCGUAACCCCACAGGAAAGAGUCUUCACUGCAAGUUUUAUUCUGUAUAUGUGCCGCUGUUCAAUACCUUUUUAGACCAAAGUGUGAAGGAAAAGCCAAAUGCAACACUCAGCCCAGCAUUUUUGAACUUUUCUCAUCGAAUUGAUGUAAUCUGGGUCCAGUAAAGGGGCAUUACGUCUACUUUCCAGAAAUCUGAUCUAAUCUGUCUCUAAACAUUACUGCUUGUGAUAGUCCCUUUAAAUGUUUUCUUGGCUAACCUAAGACUUGGUGCCCACAUUUACUACAGUGUACAGCUUUCAUAUCCACAUUUCAGUACUUGGGUAUUAACUGUUUUUAAAUUGCAGACCAUUUGUAGCUGCUAGGUGUGGAGAUCGAUUUGAUUUAGCUUUGCAGCGUAUGAAUUUGUCCCAUGUGUAGAAAUAUUAAAAUCCCGCUUUUAACUUU